AUGGGCUACAACGACGCCACGAUGCCAACGCAAGCCAUCGAUUCGUUCGUGCUCGACGUCGACGUCAAGGAAAAAGUCCUCAUGAUGACCACCUGGCACAUGCGCCAACUCGUCCUCACGCGCCAAACGUUUGAAGUCCUUGGCGACAAGAAGCCGCUCUUGACGUGCGACGUUGCCCACUGCUCCGUGCGGCUUAUCGAGUGCGUGGACCCGACGCGCGCGUAUCCGUUCGAGAUCCUUGUGCACGACAAGGUCAAGCUUUCGUGCAACGCGGCGAGCGGCUCGCUCCGAGAUGCGCUCCUCACACGGCUGGACGCCAUCGCGCUCGGCCAACCGUGGCCGCCGACAACCAACGACGCCUACAGCGCCUUUGUUGGUGUUGCCCGCGCGCUCAACGAGACCGUGGCACCAACUACCGUGCCACGCACCAAAAUCACGAUCGACGCCGUUUUGUUGCACUUGGCAGAGAUGCGCGGCAUGUACGAGAUCGCGUCUUCGAUGACGUGCAUUGAGGACCUCUACGCCUUCUUUUUGGACCUCGAGAGAGACUAUGUCGAGGGCGCGCAUAAUUUUGCGCACACGGUGCACGUGCUGCACCCGCUCAAGUACCAGCGCGGUCGCGUCGACGGGCAGGCGCUGGCCGACAUUGUCCGAGCGUGUCCGCACACGCAUUGCCGGCAGCCGCUGCCCCUUCCGCUCGCGUACCGGAUGCACAUUCUUGGUGACGCAAUCGUGUGUCCAUUUUGCCAAUGCAGUGUUUUGUACGAAACGUAUUCGAUCGCGGCGUUCGUGGCCGCGCACCCGUUUUUUCCCGUGCCGGGACCGGCGAUGAACCCGGCGCUCGACGUCGCGAUGCCAUCGACGCCCUCCGACGGCACGUGGAAGACGUACAUUGAGGACGUCAAGAGUGCGAUUGUCGAGGUCGCGUCGCAAGGGACGCGACCGGCGAUCCUGCGUGUGCGUAAAGACAUUCGCGCUGCGAUCCAAGCGACCCGGCAGGCACGCAGCCUCGGUGUCUUUGCCAUGGACUUGGUCCAAGGCAUGUUUCGACAGCUCGAUUUUGUCGCCAAGAUCGUCGUGCACUACGAGUACUGGACGCACCCCGACGUGCUCCGUGCGUCGAUUGCGCGGUACGAAAAAUUUAUGCACCUCAUGGUCCUCAAGGAGUCCAGCGAUGUGCUCGUGCCCACGUCCGACAUUGACCUCGUCUGGCACACGCACCAGACGCACCACAAGGACUACGUUGCGUUCACGUAUCGCUUUUGCCAGCGCCUCAUUGACCACGACGACACGAUCGGCGGCGGGGACCUCGCCACGGGCUACGCCAAGACCUUUCUGCUCUGGUCGAAGACAUACCGCGAGCCAUACUCGUCGUUCCCGCCGAGCUACACUGCGUGGAGCAAGGGCAUGUCGGCAUACCCGGUGUUUCCGACGCUGCGCCAAAAGACGUGGGCCAAGCACAGCCGCCUCCCGUCGACGGCCAACCGCUAUGUGGGCGUCAACGAAGCCUAUCCGAUCGACGCGCUCCCGUACGCCACCGCGAUCCACGACGUUAUCAAGCCCGAGGGGGUCGUCGACGAGGUGCCCGUGUACGUGACGGUCAUCGGAACACCCGUCAUGGACGGCCGCGUCCGCCACCCGUACGCGCGCAUUACGCUGCUCAUGUACGAAGGCCGCCUGCCAUACUACUACAUGCCGUACGUCUUUGUCGGCGGCUGCGGCGGGUUUGGCGCCACGGGCGGCUGCGGCUCGUCCGACUCUGUUUUUCCCGGCGACUCUGGCUGCGGCGCCAGUGGUGGCUGUGGUGCCUCUGGUGGCUGUGGUGCCUCUGGUGGCUGUGGUGCCUCUGGUGGCUGUGGUGCCUCUGGCGGCGGCUGCGCUACCGGCGGGGGUUGCGCGUCUGGUGGCGGCUGUGCAACUGGCGGCGGUGGCUGCGGAUCCAGUGGCGGCGGUGGCUGCGGUGCGAGCAGCGGUGGUGGCGGCUGCGGUACAAGCAGCGGUGGCGGCGGCGGCUGCGGCAGCUCCUCGACGACCUAG